AAACCCAGCACAAUUUAUUCACAAACAGAAGAAAAAAAGAGUAGAGGAAAUGGAUACUAUUACUACCGGAUCUGUACUGCCGGAAGAGUGCAUCGCCACCAUAAUUUCCUUCACAUCCCCUCGCGAUGCUUGCAGGAAUUCGCUAGUGUCCCGGAGCUUCGGAUCAGCCGCAGGUUCGGAUCUCGUGUGGGAGAAGUUUCUGCCACCGGAUUACCAGCAGAUCAUUUCUGAAUCGGUUUCUUCGGGAUCAUCGUCAUCAUCAUCCUUGAAUAACUUAUCCAAGAAGGAUCUUUAUUUCCAUCUUUGCCACAAUCCCAUCCUCAUCGGCAACGGUAACAGGAGCUUCGCAAUAGAUAAAUUGAGUGGGAAAAAGUGUUACAUGCUAGGGGCGAGGGAGUUAACUAUAAUAUGGAGACAGGUAAACACUCCGUAUUACUGGGAGCGGAAUUCUUCAGCUAAGUCACCAGUCCAGUCUAGAUUCUCGGAGGUGGCUCAGCUUCUAUGUUGGCUUGAAAUACGAGGUAGAAUUGAGACUAAUAUCUUGUCCCCAAACACAAAAUAUGGCGCAUACUUGGUAUACACUACUCCAAGUCGUAAAGAUAAUCUUCACCACCCGGUGAAGGUGUCCAUUAGAUUUGACAAUGAGAAUGAAGGUAAUGCUACCAAAGCUUAUUUGCUACCAAAUACAUCACAAGGACAUGAUGGACGACUUCCAUGCAAGAGAGAGGACAUGUGGUUUGAGAUUGAGAUCGGGGAAUUCUUCAAUGGCCAAGUUGAUAGCCUGGUGGAGAUGUGCUUGAUGGACACUGAUGGCUUUAGCUGGAAGUUUGGUCUUAUGGCCCAGGGCAUUGAGCUUCGGCCAAAAUAUUAAACAUAGCAAGGGAAAUGGUUUUUUUGUUAUGGACUGGAAUUUUGUUUUAGGAAAAAUGCAAAAUCAGUCCGCUGGAUUUUAUUGGUAGGGUUGUUUAUUUCUGUUAAGAUGUUGUGUGUUGUAUCACUUGAUGCCCAAAACAUAUAUAUAUUUUCAAUGGAGUUCUAUAGAUUAUGAUGCA